GAUUUUUACUUAAACUUAUUAUAUUGAUAAGGUAGUUUAAACUUGAAAAAAGAAAAAAAUGUUUUUAAUGACAAACGUGAUUGUUUUUUUUCUUUUCAGCAUCAAGUUAAUUAUUUCUAAUAAUUAUGUUACAAUUCCAUCGAGAUGUGAAAUUAUAAAUGAUGAGGAUGUAGACUUUGUAAUAGAAUAUGUAGAUCUACCAUUUUAUUAUACACCAGUGGAUAAAGAAUGGUGUAGAGAAAAAUGUAAAAGUUUGGGAUUUACUUAUCAGGAACCAAUUAUGAAUCAGAAGUUAACAUCAAACAUGUUUCCAGUUGAUGUUUUUUUUGAUAACCAAGGAUUCUUUAUUGUAUUGUCAGAAUUAAUAUGCAGGGACAUUAAAAUUAAUCAUAAUAUACAUAGAAAUAUUAUAGAAAAUCUAAUAAAAAAUGAAAAUAUCAAAAAAUUUGUUAAUAAUGACAGUUGGUUUGAAAAUAAUAUAACAUCAGUUAAUAAAAACCCUUAUAUUGAAAUGGUAAUUUUUGCUGCAGCUUAUUACUUAGAUGUCUGUAUUUAUGUAUUCAAAAAAGAAUAUGAUGCAUGGAUAUACUUUCGAAAAGGAUGGCCAAACUAUAAUGAAAUUGAUAUGAAAAAUGAAAAAUGCAUUUAUCUAUACAUGGAUGAAGAUCAUACUAAUUUUAUGACUAAUAAUUAUUUCUAGUUAUUUAAAAACUAUAAAAUAUAACUAUAUAAAAUAAAGUUCUGGACAUUUUAAUAGUAGUAUCUAUUUAAACACCAAUAGUUACAUAGAAAUGAUUAGUAUUUCUAUUGAAAUGAUU